AUGCAAACAGGAAAUAGUAGUGCAAAUUACAUAUGGAGAAUUGCUGGAAUUCAGCGUUCCAAUUAUUUACAAUUGGAUGAAUCUAACAAUAGUAUAAUUGGAGGAGAUGCUUCAUAUUUGUUUAAUAUCAUUCAACAAAAACUGAAAUUUAGAUAUAUUUUGAUAAAACCAAUUCCCACUUCAUUUGGAAUUAAAAGAGAAAAUGGAAGUUGGACUGGAAUGGUUGGACAACUUGUGUAUAACAAUGCCGAUCUCGCUAUUUCUCCUCAACUUGUAACAUAUGAAAGGUACCAAGAUAUUGAAUUUUCUUCUCACAUUAAAUUUCAAUCAGUAACUUUCGUGACAAGAGCUGCAAAGAAAUCAUCAAAUUGGGGAUCUCUUAUAAAACCUUUUUCUUUCUUGCUCUGGAUAACUACAAUUUGUGCUACUGUUAUAGUUGGAUUAGUGUUACAUUUAAUUGUCGACAGAGAAUUGAAAUUAAAAGAUAUUAGUAAAGUUUGGUCUAGAAAAAAAGUCUUUUGGUAUCUCUUUGGCACUUUUAUGUAUAAAGGUUUAAAUAUAGAAUUUAUACGAGGAUUUCCAUCCAGAUUUAUAAUUAUAGUUUGGUGGUUUUCCAUUGUAAUUUUAGUUUCUAGUUACAGUGGAAAUUUAAAAUCUUUUAUGACUUCCCCAUCAUUCGAAGAAAUUCCUGAAACUUUUGAAGAACUUUCAAAUGCUGUAUUAAAAUCUCAAUAUUCUUGUGGUUGCUUGGAUGGAGGUAGUGCAAUAACUUCGUUUAUUGUGAAUGCAAAAUCAGGAUAUGCAAAAAUUUUAGCAGAUCACGUCAAAUUAAAUAAAAAAUAUUUUUCUGAUAAUGAAAUAAUCGAUGAAGUGUUACAAGGGCAGUUUGCUUUCAUUCAUACAUUUUAUUAUAUAAAAAAGUUAAUGAAAAAUCAUGAAAGCAAACAAUUCAUGGUUUCAAAAGAUAAGUUUGCAAGUUUUAGCUUAGCAUAUGGAGUACGUAAGGGUUUCCCUUUUACGAAGAAUAUCAGUAGAAUGAUAUUAGGUUACAGCAUUGGGGAACAUCCAUUUAUAUAUUUAUUAUCACCUUUGAUAGUAGUUGGAAUCUUAUCAACCGGUUUUUAUAAAAUAAAACUUUUCAUAGACACCGAAUAUCUAUAUGUUCCUAUUAAUAGUAGAGCAGCGGAAGAAAGAAAUGCAAUAGAAUCGUUAUUUCCACAUAACAUGAAUGACUAUGAUGUUACCAGAUUAACAAGAUUUGGCAGAAUGGGUUUGGUGAUAUUUGAAGAUAAAAAUUAUGGUUCCAUUUUGUACGAAAAUGCAAUUAAGGAAAUAAUCAAAACUGAUGAAAUAAUUCGUAAUAUAAGUGUUGAAUGGAAUAAUAAAACAUAUUAUUAUCAUGAUUUAUGUGCAAGGAUGCACAACGGAGAGUGUUUUGAUAACUUAGCCAUUCUUAUGAAGGGAAAAUAUGAUCAGUUGAAAACAAAAAAUUUACAUAUUAGAUAUCCGUAUGACUUUGAUGAAGCGACAAUGAAUGUUGUAUAUUACGGUUAUACGUUCGGAAAAGUCACAUCUGACGAGAAUGGUUAUAUAAAAGAUAUUAAAGCCUCGAGACUAAUAUAUAUGCUUAAUUACUUAGACGAAGAACUUAACACUAUAGGUUUAAAAUGGGAAGAACAGUUUAAAGACAUUCUCUUUAAACAUCGAUUUGAAAAUGUUAAUAGUUUCGUUUUUGUAGCAAACGAUUAUAAUACAGAAUUAAAUAAAGUAACAAUAUCGUCAUUGAAACUUCUAUUAAUUGCUGUACCACUUAUGGUAAUUUUUUCUGUCCUAACAUGUAUGACAACAGAUUGGAUUACAAGUAAACCUUGGAUAGGAAUAGCAGGAUGUUUAACAUCAGCUCUUGGUGUAACUGGAGCUUUUGGAUUUUUACUUUGGCUCGAUGUUCCUUACAUUGAUUUGAAUAUUUCUGUUCCAUUUCUCUUAUUAGGUAUUGGAUUGGACGAUUCGUUUGUUUUAUUAGCAUCGUGGAGAAGAACAGAUAGUAGUUUAAGUGUAAAAGAAAGAAUGAGCAUUACAUAUUCCGAAGCUGCAGUAUCCAUCACCAUUACUUCACUCACAAACUUUAUUUCAUUCUGUGUUGGAAUGACCACUGAUUUAAGAGUUAUUCAAAUAUAUUCGAUAUAUUUUUCUUUAUCAGUAGUGUUCACUUAUAUCUGUGAAAUUACAUUUUUUGGAGGAAUAUUAGCACUUAGUGGAUAUAGGGAGAGCAGAAAUUUACAUGCUUUAUUCUGCAUUCCAGUUAGAAGAGAAAAAUAUAAAGAUUUUACUUUUCUGAAACUAUUGUUCGUCGGAAUAGUUAAAGAAUCUGAAGAGUUGGAGAGACAAGAAAAUGGAAUUUUAUAUUUUUAUAAAAAUGUUAUAGGAAAAAUAUUAGUAAAGAAGUUUGUAAAAAUUACAGUUAUAAUAAUAUAUAUCGUUUAUAUUUCUUGUGGAAUAUAUUGCUUAACUUUCAUUAAACAAGGAAUGUCGUUCAAUAGUUAUUAUGUUUAUAACUCGCAAGCCCUAAAUUUCACCAAAAAACAUUACGAGUAUUUUACGACAUAUCCGCAUAUUAUUCAAGUAGUAAUUAACAAACCAUUGGAUUAUUCCAAGAAAGAAGUACAAAGAAAUGUUUUAGAUAUUGUAAAUAAAUUUUCUAAUUCUGUUUAUAUAGCAAAUGAACUAAGUUCAGAAUUUUGGUUGAAAUACUAUUUGAAUUCUUUUAACGAUACGAGAUUAUGGUAUUCUUAUAGCGGAUAUAAUAUGAGCAAACAGGAAGAUUUCAUUGAAGCACUUCGUGAUAUAUUUCUGAAAUUUCCCGUCUUUAAACAAUUCAACAAAGAUAUUCUUUUUAACGAGAAUAGAACUGAAAUAUUAACUUCGAGAUUUUUUAUUACAGCAAAAAAUAUUAAUGAUACUGAUAAAGAAACAGAGUUAUUGAAAUCCAUGUGGAAUAUUGCCGACUCUUGUCAAUAUCCUGUAUACGUAUAUAAUGUUUGGUUUUCUAUAUACAGCCAAAAUGUAAUUGUUAAAAAAAUUACAAUUACGACAUUGUCAAUUGCUAUUGUUGUAGUUGUUUUAACAUUUUUGUUAUUUAUUCCAAACAUAAUAUCUGUAAUCUGUGUGGCAUUAACAAUAUUAUCUAUUGAUAUAAGUAUUAUUGGUUUUAUGUCUGUUUGGAAUGUAUAUUUAAAUAUGAGUUCAAUGAUUUGUUUAAUGUUAGCUACAGGAUUAUGCGUAGAUUACACAUCUCAUAUCUCUUAUGCAUAUAUUACAAGUACAAAAGAAAAUCCUGACGAGAAAACUAAAGAGGCUCUCUACGCUGUUGGCUAUCCUAUUUUACAAGGAUGUAUUUCUACUCUUUUAGGAGCUAUUGUUUUAAUUUUUGCUUCCAUAGAUACAAUUCUAUUAUUUGUCAAAAUUAUCUUCUUAGUAAUGUUAUUCUCAUUUAUACAUGGUGUUUUUAUAAUUCCGGUAUUUUUAAAUACUUGGGAGACAAUUAAAGAAGGUAGAUUUAGAAAGAAAAGAGAGACAAAAAUGAAAGAAUAUGAUAUGAUUAAUCAAAAUGUAGAAAGAAUUUUGUAA